GCGCUGGGAGGGGUGCUAGGAUGGCGGCGCGAGCUUUUGCAUUGGCGUUACAAACUGCACUCUUCCCCCGGGGCAAUGCGGAGAGAAAAGCCUUGCAAUGUCUCCGGCCAGGCUGGGGUGGAGCCGCGACCUCGGCUGUUUCCGCCCGCUUUCGGUCAUCAAAUGCAAACGAUGAGGUCCUCAAAGAGAAGCGUAGCAAAAUCAUGGCUAGAGGACUUCCAAAGCAAAAACCGAUUCAAGGAGUUAAGCAGGUGUUGGUUGUAGCUUCUGGAAAAGGAGGUGUUGGGAAGUCAACAACUGCUGUAAACAUAGCCCUUGCACUGGCAGCAAAUGAUUCGACAAAAGCAGUUGGUUUGCUUGAUGCAGAUGUGUAUGGGCCUUCCAUCCCAAAGAUGAUGAAUUUGAAAGGAAGUCCAGAAGUGACGCCAAAAAACUUAAUGAGGCCUCUUGUGAACUAUGGAAUUGCAUGUAUGUCCAUAGGUUUCUUGGUAGAAGAGACUGCACCAAUUGUCUGGAGAGGCCCCAUGGUAAUGUCAGCCAUUGACAAGUUGUUGAGACAGGUUGACUGGCACCAGCUGGAUUAUCUAGUAAUUGACAUGCCACCUGGGACAGGAGAUGUACAACUGUCAAUCUCACAGAAUAUCCCAAUUGCAGGGGCUGUGAUGGUGUCCACUCCUCAGGAUAUCGCUUUACUGGAUGCGCGCAAAGGAACGGAGAUGUUCAAAAAAGUGAAUGUGCCGGUCUUAGGACUUGUUCAAAACAUGAGCCUUUUCCAGUGUCCAAAAUGCAAACACGAAACUCACAUUUUUGGAACUGAUGGUGUGAGGAAUCUAGCCUGUGAUCUUGGUCUGGAUGUUUUAGGUGACAUUCCUCUACAUGUCCACAUAAGAGAAACAUCUGAUGCUGGCAAGCCUAUUGUGGUCUCUCAGCCCCAGAGUGACGUGGCCCAAGCCUAUCUGAAGAUUGCUGCUGAAAUAGUGAAAAGACUUCCAGUUUCUCCAACUUAAAGCCAUAUUUUUGAGGUUCUGUGACUAGAACUCUACCAUUUCAAGUGUGGCGUAGGAUGUGACAGAAGAAAUGAUAUAUUAUGGAACACGCCUUAUCUUUUAUUUUGUCUUGGAAAAUUAAACGUCAGUACCAACUUAGUGCAAUUGUCAUAUCAAACAUUUGAAGCAAACUUUCAGCAUGCUUUAGCAGCAAAAAGCACCAAAGACCGAACUCGUAUUUGGAACUCAGGAUUUUUAGUGCAUCCUUCAGUAGGCCUGGUCUUGAAGAGGAAGAAAUGUUUAAAGAGAUUUUAGCACCUUUAUGUAGGUACACUGACAAACAUCAGAAUGCACCACUGCAUGUGUGGUCAGUUUGUUUCUCUCUGUCAUGUGUCUGAAUUAAAGAUGAAGAUACUAGAAAUGUAAGAUAAUUAUGCUCAGCUUUGAAGAGUUAUCAUUAGCCAAGAUUCACUUAUAAGCAGUCAAACAAUUAACUUAGAAUCCCAAGAACUGGCUUUUUUAUGCAUUCUCUUAUCAGCUUAUGUUCGAUCAUAAGAUAAUUUUCUUAUUGUAAUUGUCUGGGGAAAUUGCUCCAUUUCCUUUGUCUUUUUGAGCCUGAAUAAACCCAAAAAUCAGCAA